GUCGUUUAUUCGUUACCGUCGUCGUUGUCGCUGUUGUAAAGUGCGAGUGAACCCGUAAAAGAAGAAAGUCGUGUGGAAAAUUAUUCGUGCACCCUACUACACUACGACGGCUGCUAUUUUCGGAUUAUUCAUAUACUUUUUUUUUGGCCAUUGGCCUAUCCUUACAUUUUAUUAAUGGGGGGAUGAAUACUUCGUUAUUUCUAAAGUCUGGCAACUUUUGUGCAGCCAUUGAGAAAAUUAAUUGACAAAAGAAACAUAAAAAAGGCAUUGCCAUUUCUUGGAUAAUUUGGAAAAGUUAUGUGUGUUUGCAUAUUAGAAAAGAAAACAAAUUAAAUUGAACAACAACGGCGACGACGACGGCCGCGACAAAAUCAACUGCAGCAACAACAGCAACACAACUCACUUUUCAACAAAACUUAGAGUGUUUAUUUAUCAUUUCUUCAAGCAAUCAUUUUUUUGCCGCCUUGUGUAAGAUUUUAAACAAGAAGUGAACAACAACAAGGCCAUCAACGAAAAGUGUUGAAGAAACGAGUGCUGCUAAAAAGUAGAGAAUUGAAAUUGACAUUGCCAAGUUUAAACAAGUUUUCACAGCAAUUCCUUAAGCCGUUGGUGCAACAAAACAUAGACCCCCUCUAAAAGGAAGAAGCAGAAGAAGCCGUUGUUGUGUUAUUGCCUAUCGCUAGAGAUUCGGCCUAAAAUUGUUGCUACAAAUGGGUACCAAUUCCGGAGCCACAACUGGCAUCAACAAUAAACCCAUCGGUGGUGGUGGCACAGGUGGCGGUGGAGGCGGUGUUGUUGGCUCAGGCUUAAUUGGUGGUGGCAGUGGCCUUGGAGGUGGUGCCAUUAAUAAUGCAGCCAACAACAGCUUAGGUCAAAACUCUGGGCUGGGGUUGGUGGGUGGCAAUAAUGUCUCCAACUCAGGAGGCCUCGGCGGCGGCAUGGGUUCCACAGGCAAUCCAGAAGAUGGCAAUGGCGGAGCCACCAAUAAUGUCAAUAGCCAACAGGCGACUCCACAGUAUACAAUACCUGGUAUAUUGCAUUUCAUUCAACACGAGUGGUCACGUUUCGAAUUGGAACGUUCUCAAUGGGAUGUUGACCGAGCUGAAUUACAAGCCCGAAUUGCCAUGUUACUUGGCGAACGUAAAUGUCUGGAGAGUCUUAAAUCGGAUUUAACACGCCGUAUAAAGAUGUUGGAAUACGCUUUAAGGCAAGAACGUGCCAAAUUUUAUCGUCUAAAGUAUGGCACGGAUCCACCACAACUCAAUGAGAUGAAACCAUCGGCGGAUGAUUCAUCGCUGGGCGGCGAAGUGGCACCAGAUUCUGAAGUACCCUACAGUUCUGUAUCGAAUACCACAUGGCGUCAAGGUAGACAAAUGUUACGUCAAUAUUUGGCAGAAAUCGGAUAUACCGACAACAUUAUCGAUGUACGCUCCAAUCGUGUGCGUUCCAUAUUGGGCCUCAACAACAAUGCCGAACAAGAGGAGAAUGUUAGCCCCAAUGUUAAUGGUAAUGAGAAUAAUAAACGAGCCUCAGAAUCGGAAGGUCGUCGUACACCUGCAAAAAAGAUUCAACAAAAUAAUGAUGCAAUAAUUUUGGAUACCGAGGCUGCUGUCAUGGCAAAUUUUGAAUUUUUGGGACCCACAGAGAUGUCAGAUGAUGAUGAGAUCUCUGAUGACCUGGAAAUGGUUACUGGCGACAAUGAUGAAAGCGAUAUGAAAACAACUAAGCGUAUUAUUAAACCCGGCAAAGAUUUGAGUAAUGAAGAUCUGGGUGCUGAGUUGGGAGAGCAGCUGCUCAAUGAUAUCAAUCUUAUCACAGAAGGGUAUUCAUCAUCAAAUGUCGAACAAACCAACAAUACUGUUAAUACAGCCGCCUCGGCUGUAGCACGCCGUAAUCUUAUCACAGCUGUAACCGCAGCCGGCGAUGAGGAUGUUGAUGCCUCUCUGGGUUUGGGUGAAUUGGCCCAGCUGACGGUGAAUAACGAUUCCGAGGGCUCAUACGAUUCGAAUGCAAAAGAUGGAUCGGGCGGUGGAGCAUAUCGCAAGACAUGGAAUGCCAAAUAUACGCUGCGUUCGCACUUUGAUGGAGUACGCUCAUUAAUUUUUCACCCCGAGGAGCCGGUGCUUAUAACAGCUUCUGAAGAUCACACCCUUAAGCUGUGGAAUUUACAGAAAACUGUGCAAGCCAAAAAAUCAGCUAGUCUUGAUGUUGAACCGUUAUACACAUUCAGAGCUCAUACUGGUCCUGUUUUAUGCUUGGGCAUGUCGACCACAGGCGAAACCUGUUACUCUGGCGGUUUAGAUGGCAAUAUUGAGUGCUGGCAAUUGCCUUCCUCAAACAUAGAUCCAUAUGAUUGCUAUGAUCCAAACGUACAUUCGGGUACUUUGAAGGGCCACACCGAUGCCGUCUGGGGCUUGGCCACAAUGCACAGUAACAUUGUUUCAUGUUCAGCCGAUGGCACUGUUAAACUGUGGUCACCAUACAGUAAAGAGCCUCUGCUACGCACCUACACCCCUUCGGAGGUGGAGGGUAUUCCCUCGUCGGUGGACUUUGUACGCAAUGAAGUUGAUCAUAUUGUCGUGGCGUACAAUAGUGCCCAUUGUAUUAUAUAUGACACAGAGACCGGCAAACAGAUCAUUAAAUUGGAAGCUGCUCAAGAAAUGUCCGGAAAUACGGGGAAAUUUAUAAACAAAGUGAUCUCGCAUCCAACGUUGCCCAUAACAAUAACCGCUCACGAAGAUCGACACAUUCGCUUCUGGGACAACACAUCCGGGGUAUUGGUGCAUUCAAUGGUGGCCCACUUGGAACCGGUAACGUCGCUGGCCGUCGAUGCCCAUGGUCUGUAUUUAUUAUCGGGCUCACAUGACUGUUCAAUACGCCUGUGGCAUUUAGACAACAAAACCUGUGUGCAAGAAAUCACAGCGCAUCGCAAGAAAUUCGAUGAAAGUAUAUUUGAUGUGGCGUUCCAUGCCACAAAACCCUACAUAGCCAGUGCGGGCGCAGAUGGCUUAGCGAAAGUGUUUGUCUAGAUGACAGUUUAGGCCAUUGUCAUUGUUGUCAACCUUUACCACCUACCCCCCACUCACAACCCAUAUCCCCUUACCACAACUCCUGCUCCUGUUCCUGCUAAGGCUCCAGCUCCCAGCAGAUAUCAUCAACAACGAGUGCAUAAAAGUUUUACAUAUGCGUUGAGAUUGUUUGAUCGAUCGAUGGAUGAAUGGAUGGAUAGAUAGAUAGAUGAUGAAUGGCGAGAUGUGUGGUAGUAAUAGCAUCGAUCAGAUAAGAAAACCAUUUCUUUCUAUAGUAUGUUUAUAAGAAUAAUAAUAAUAAUUCGAAAUGCGGUUAGUUUAUUUAGUGUAUCAAAAUGGAACUUGUAGUAAAUGAAUGCUGCUGCAUCAGGCAGAGACACACACAACAACAACAUCAACACCACAUCAUGUCAUCUUCUAUACAAUAAGAUUUACAAUAGGAAUUUACAUAAAAUCACACUCACCACCCACUCACACAUACACACGCAUAUAUAUAUAUAAACAAACACAUGAGAGAUAGUAAGCGAGAGGGUGAAAGGGAACAAAUAUAGACGCAAGCGCCCAUAAAUGUUUGAACUCAAAAAAGUUCAUUCUCUUUUCUCCUCUCUCUCAAUAUAUGUACAAGAAAUAGAAUAACCACACGAAACGAUUUAUUGACCGAAAUGCUAAAAAGUAAAUAUCCAUAAAACAUACAUGUGUGGGUUGUAGAUGCGGCUGCGCUGGCGCCUCGUCUAGAAUCUCCACGGCAUGUUGCUGGCUAAAGUGUAUCGAUGAUUAUAGAAAGAAUGAUUAAUAAAAAAAAGAAAACAAUACAUUUAACAUUUACUAUAUUAUGUUAUUAUACGAAAAACAAAAUAAAGAAGAAUGAAAGAUAUUAAUAAUAAUAAUACCCUCUUGCAUACAAUACAAAAAUAAAAUAACAACAAGAACAUCAAGGAAAACAAACAUCAAUGUUUAAAAUAAAUAAAAAAAAACAUAUUUAAAAUAAGUAAAAAGGAAAUGAAACUAAAUAAAAUUACUAUGCACAUACAAACAACCUUCCCCCCCCCCCACCCCCAUUUCCUGGAAUCCCCCCAUUUCUUUUACCCCAACCAUUCAUAGAAAAUCAAACAACAAAAUUAUGUAGAAGCAUCAGUAGAAUGAAAAUUAAGGCAUAACCAGAAACAGACGGAACAUUAUUGAUGGACAAAAUUGAAAAAAAAAACAAAAUCUCUCUCAAAGUUUAAAAGUAUGAUAAAAACAAAAAUUUAAUUCUAUUAUUUAGGCAUUUAAAGCUAACAAAUUUAGUGAUUUAUAUAUAAUACAUACAUAAUUACAAUUACAUACAAAAAAUAAAAGAAAGAAAACUA